AUGGAAGACAAAGUACGUACAAAAGAGACGAUUCAAAAGAUCGUCCAUGGUUCUGCAUCCGCUGAAAGAAACGACACAUCACCGGGCGUUUUCUCCGACCUUCUAUCUGAAACGAAAUACGUUUCUGACCAUCAUCCUCAUCGUGCUACUCUAAGUGUGUGCAGACCGGCUCAGAAGCGUCGAUCCUCUCAUGGCCAACUUCUUGGUCGAUCAAAGAUGCAGAAACUUAAACGUGUCGGAGCAGGCCAAGUUCGAAAGCCAAGCGGGCGUAAUUCCAAUUUUCCGCUAAAUUCACUUCCGACUGUUCCGCUCGAGAAAGACGGAAAAGGCCGUAUUGUUGUCGACGGCAACGACAUUUUUGCUGGUGCUAGUGGAUCCAAAAUUGGUCCAGCCUCCCUCCACCAAAUAGAACAGGUCGACGAUGGCAACGAUAAACUUUGCACCGAGAAGAAGACUGAGAAGACUGCUCCUCAGAUGAGAAUCGAGCGGGCAAAUCAUUUACUUUGGCUUGGCGAUAAAGCGGAAGCCUUUGAAGAAAUCAUGAACGGGAAGGGUUACUAUAAGAAGAAUGAUUCUACUCGAUUUGAAAUGUCGGAAAAUACGUAUUCCCAAAAAGCUUGGUUGAUUUAUCCAUUUGACAAGGAUGUGGGAAAGGCUUACGAUCGGAUUGAAAAAAUUCAUGAAGAGAAGCACGGCAAAGUUGUAACUGAGAAGAAGCCAAUAAACAGCGAUGAACCAUUUGAUCCAUUCGCCGAAUACGUGUUCAAGACCGGUGUCGAGGAUGAUCGAUAA